CAAAGGCGGCGCCACCAUGGCCCUCAGCGCGGCGCUCGGCCGGGGCGACCGGGGCUCGGGCAACAAGGACCUGGAAUCCCUCGACACCUACAUACAGAACACGCUCUCUGCCCUCUACCCACCUUCUGAGGCCACGGCAGCCACAGUGCUCUGGCAGCUGCUCAGCGUGGCCGAGAAGCUCUACGGUGGGGACGGGCUGCGCUGCCUCCUGGACUUCCUCAUCCCAGCCAAGAGGGCCCUGCAGCACCUGCAGCGGGAGGCCCGUGCCAGGUACGCAGGCCUCCUCUUCCUGCACGAAGGGUGGCCGCUGUGCAUCCACGAGAAGGUGGUGGUGCAGCUGGCGCCCCUGCGCGGAGUCAGGCUCAGGCCUGGGGACUUCUACCUGCAGAUCACUGUGGCGGCGGGGAGGCAGCCCGCCAGGCUGGUCUUGAAACGCCUUUCCCGGCUUGGACAAGGCUCGGAGGAAGUCAUUGUCCCUGAGACCAUGUACGGCUGUGUCUUCACGGGAGAGUUCCUGGAACUGCUGAACGGGGAGCAGAACGGUGUCCCCUUGCAAAACUGCUUGAUGACCUCGGGCUCGGUGGUCUACCGCACCCCCUGGAGCAACGUCACAGACCCUGUCUUUGUCCCCACCACCGGAACCAACCUGCCCAGCUGCCCCAGCGGUCCUGGGCCUCAGCAGCCGCCACCCGACAGCGCCUCGGAGGCUCCAGCCCCGGCACCAACCGUGGCCAGCCCCGCUCCCCAGGGCGGCACACCUUCCAAGCACACCCCAACCCUGCCCCACUGCGGUGGGCAUCCCAGCAGUAACCAGCCCCGCCGUCUUCCUUCCCCAAGAAGGGCUGAGUGCGAAAGCCCCGGGACCCUGUCCGGGAGUCCCAGUGGAGGCCUCAGGGGGGUUGGCCCCUCAGAGCAGGACCCCUGGGAGUGUCCUGAGAGCCCUGAAGGACCAGGAGGGAGGCUGGACCCCAUGGACAAGAAGGACGGCUCCAAGGCCCUCGCCUUCCACGCAGAGGGGGGCAGCCCGAGCUCUAGGAGGCGGCCGCCCAGAACCCCAGCCAGUGUGGAGGCCAGACGCUGGUUCAGGAAGUCCUACAUGGAGGCCCUGCAGAACCCUAUGCCCCUGGGCUCCAGCUCUGAGGAAUCCAUCGGGGAUGAGGCCUGUGGCUCCCAGACCCACGGCCGCAGGGCCAGGGGGGCCGGGGCAGCGGCCAGUCUUACCCAGAAAGAGAUCCGUGGCCCUGCGGGAGACCCCCAGGAGAUCCCGAGACAAGAGAAUGGUCCAGGAGCUGCAGGGAGGACCCUUCCCAGGAGGUCUCGAUCCUGGGAUAGGUCCCUCAGAAGCUCCCGAGGUGACACCUGGCGGGCCUCCCAGCACUUAGCCAGCACCAGGCCUGGGGGUCUCCUGGGAGGACAAGCUGUGGGGACCAGAACCACAGGCUCCAGCUGUCCAGGCACAGUGGAGAGUCCCAGCUGCACAGGAGAGGAAGCUGAUGUCUCUGCAGAGGGCAGCAGCGUCCGAGGAAGCAGCCCCAGCCGGUGUUCGGACCUGCUUGCUGAGCCGCUGUGCCCCGAGGGUGAAGCGUGGGCACCUGGCACAGGAGACCUGCCCAGCCGGGCGCCCAGGCAGGAGCUGGAACUCAACCAGGAGCUACUGCAGUCCGGGGCGGUCACCCUCCCAGGAACCCGAGACCGUCGGGGAAGAGCGGUGGUGCAGGUCUGUGCAAGGGGCCCACUCUGGUCCAGCGAACACGUGUCCAGUGCCGAGCUAACCCGUCUGCUGAAGUACCUCCACACCAUCCCCAGGAAGGAGGUGCGGGAGCUGGGGCUGGUCAUCCUGGUGGACGCACGCAAGAGCCUGGCCGCCCCCGCCCUCUCCCAGGCCCUGGCAGCCCUGCAGAACACAUCUCCUCCCUUAAUUCAUAGUAUUUUGCUGCUGGUGGAUAAAGAAUCAGCAUUUAGGCCUGACAAGGAUGCAACAAUUCAGUGUGAGCUGGUGGGUUCCCUGAAGGCCCUGCACAAAUUUGUCGACAGCUCCCAGCUGACUGCAGACCUCGAGGGCUCCUUUCCCUACAGCCACAGUGCCUGGAUCUGCUUCCGUCGGAAGCUGGAGCCCUUCACCUCAAACUGCGAGGAAGCCAUUGUUUUCCUACAAAAUUCAGUCCACUCCCUGAACACCCACAGGACCCCAAGCACAGCACAGGAGGUCGCAGAGUUGAUCGGCAAGCACAGGGCGAUGAUGAAGCGUGUCCUGGAAGACGCGCGGCUGGUGGCCCUCCGGCUGGAAGGCGGCACCGUGCUGGCACGGCUGAGGAGGGAGGAGCACGGCGCCGGCCAAGACUACCAGGACGCCAUCGAGGCUGCCUGCAGGCUGUACGACCAAGUAGACGAAGAGGUCCACAGGCUGGUCCUCGCCUCCAACAGGUGUCUGCAGGCACUGGAGGAGCUCCAGGAGCGAGGACACCAGUCAGGGCUCCAGGGGGGAGGUGACCAGAUCACAUCGUGGUUUGAAAAAGAAAGAGAGAAAUUCCUCGGGCCUUUGGAGCUGCUGUCUCUGGGGAAUGCAAAGCAGUGGCAGGCGUCCCGGGCUCUCCCGGACAGGCUGACGCAAUAUCGUCCGAAAGGGCUACGGCUGAUGGAAGAGGACUUGCAAGGUGCAGAGGAAGGGACCCAGGACUUCAGAAGGAGUCUGAGCGCCAAGGCCGGCCUGGCUGAGCGGAGGGAGGGCGAGCUGGCCAGGCAGGCCCUCGGGUCCGAGUUCUGCGAGACGGUGAGCGGGCGGACGCUGCGGUGCAGUCAGUGCCUAGAGCACCCGGACCCAGAGCUGGUCACCGAGGAUCUGAAGCGGUGUCGCCGGCAGGCCGUGCAGAGCUUCCCCAGGGCGAGCGUGGUGGUGGUGGGCCCCGGCGGCCAGUGGGCGCUGCCACGGGGCCAAACCUUGUGGCUGCAGAGCCGGCAGACCCGACGCCACUGGCAAGAGGCCCUUGGAGAAGAGGCCCCGGGCCCCGGCACCCUGCCUCUGGGCUGGAGCCCCCUGAAGCACGAGCUUGCCCAGGGACCCGAGGGGCAGCCCCUUGAGCCUUCCUGGACCCCUCCUGCUGACCCCGAGGGCCGAGCUGGGGAGUGGGCCUGACUGCUGCCCGGCCUCGCCGGACAAGCUGCUGUGUGUGGGCAGGGCGAGCACCUGCGCCCAGGUGUGCACGCACAGGACAGCAGCGGCACCUGCUCCCCGCACCCCAGGAAGCACCCCCCGCAGAAAAUUAGGAAGAAAGCACAAAGCUUCGCGACUCCUCAGCUUGACAGUGGCCCCAGCGACUCCCUCCGGCUGGGCCACACUGGGGUCUUCAUCAAAGGCCUGGAGGUGAUCGGCACUGCUGUGGCCUCAGAGAAGCGGCCCCCGCUGAGGCCACGUGCCGAGAGCCCUCGGCUCCCUCGGAACCGGAGUCUGUCCUCUCCCUCCAGGACCCACCCCUCCGAGGAGGAUGGGAAGGGCAAGCUGGAAGGUGAGCCGACGCAGCACGUGAUGGCCGAGAUGAUCUCCACGGAGAGGCAGUAUGUUAGGUCCUUAGGAUAUGUCAUCGACAACUAUUUUCCAGAAAUGGAAAGGACGGACCUGCCCCAGGACCUCCGAGGGAAGCGCAGCGUCAUUUUCGGGAACUGGGAGACUCUCUACGCCUUCCACCACGGGCGCUUCCUCCCGGGGCUGGAGCACUGCCGGCACCGCCCCUGGGCCGUGGGCCACGCGUUCCUGAGAUAUGAGGAGCAGCGUGGCAGGAACGCACCGUACAGCAAGAACAAGCGGGCGGACGCCCUGCUCUGCAGCCACGGCAACGCCUUCUUCAAGAACAAGCAGCAGGAGCUGGGUGACAAGAUGGACCUGGCCUCCUACUUGCUGAAGCCCGUGCAGCGCGUGGGCAAGUACGCACUGCUGCUCCGGGCCCUGGUCCAGGAGGCUGGCGGCUGCCCCGCCCGUGAGCAGGCGCUGGGCGAGCUGAGGGCCACAGGACAGGCCUGCGGGGAGGCGCCCACACUUGAGACCCCCCAGACCCCCGCCCAGAGGGAAGGGAACGCCCGGGAGAGGCUGCUGGGGCGGGAGCCACGGGAGGAGAGGCAGGUGGAUCUGAAGGAACAGGGGCGGCUGAUAUGCCAGGACGAGUUCCUCGUUUGCUGCCGAGGGAAGAAGCACCUGAGGCGUGUGUUCCUGUUUGAAGACCUCAUCCUGUUCAGCAAGACCCAGAAGGCGGACGGAGGCCACGACGUGUACGCGUACGAGCAGUCCUUCAAGAUGGCACAGAUCAGGAUGACGGAGAACGUCGGGGACAGUGGCUUGAGGUUUGAGAUCUGGUUCCGCAGGCGGCGGAAAUCCCAGGACACCUGCAUUCGCCAGGCGAGCUCCGCGGAGGUCAAGACCUCCUGGACGGACGUGACAGGGAAGGUCCUGUGGUGGCAGGCUCUGCGGAGCCGAGGUGGGCAGAGCGGCUGGAGGGCGCUCGGCGUGCAGGGCCAGCUCGGGCUGGGCUCGGGCUGGGCGCAGGGCUCGUGGUCGGUCCGAGGGGCUCCUUAGCACCGCCCAUCAGCACCGAACACUUACUUCUUAAAACAACAAGCAAGACCCCGGCCCCCACGCUCCGAGAGAGGUCUCAGCCCCAGCUCCCAGACGCCCUCAGACCCGUGGCGUCAGCUUCCUGCUCUCCCUGUGGUCAAGG